AUGGCUGCAGCAGGAGGCGCGUCGAGUGUCAUCACCCAGGUACAACAGGCUGGAGGGCCGCCGAUUAAUACAUUAGGAGACAUUGGUGGCGAUGAGCACAUUACUCUAGACCUUAGAGGUACUCGAUUUACACUUUCCCGCGAUGAAUUGUUGACUUUGCCGGAAUUCGUUCUUCUGUCGUUGUUUCCGAACGGCCUCCUCCCUGAUGGACAUAUGGGCACUUUCCAUGAAGGUGACAUUUACCCUGUUGACUACGAUCCGGCUUCUUUACAGUAUAUGCUGGAUUUCUUCCGCUCGGUUGCCCAGUCAAUUCCGCUUUCUUCGCCUUCCCCUUCGACCUCCCAUGAUGUGGAUGUGGCCCCCGAUUCCAUGCAGGCAUCUGCCAGGGACAUGCUUCAAGAUCGGGCUGGCAUCAUUGUCUUGCGCGAAGAUUUAGACUUUUACGCGAUACCUCCUCGGCCUGACAUAAGUCAUACAGAGAUGAUGGAAGUCAAGCGCGCGGCCGCGAAAGCUCUGCUGAAACAGGAUGGAAUAUUCUCUGGUUUGAGGAAAAGCGACGAAGCAGGUUCAACAGAACAGCAUCUGAUCGAGAUGCUCACUGCAGGCGGGUUCGAUCGUGAUGAUCGAUGGGGCCACCGUGCCCCGGAGCCUAAUAAAGCAGUCAUUUGUAGCUUGGCAUUAGCCAAGCUCCGAACUGACAUUCGAAGUGAUCUGGAGAAUAACAACGCAGUGGGAAUGGCUCAAAAGCUCCUUCUCUUUUGGCGGAAACCAGCAAGGAGAUGUUGGUGGGAAGGCGUUGAGCUACAUGAUGUCGAAGGGGUAGACGGCAAGGUUAAAAUCUGGAUUCGGCGAGUAUGGACUCUGGAAAUGGUAAGACUUUCCCGCAAAAUUCCGGAUCUACAGGAGCUUCGCUGA